AUGGCUGUGGGAUCCUCACAGCAGUUGUCGUUCUUCGGCACUGCGGUUCAUGGGGGAGGAAGCUGCCAACUCUCACUGACUACCGACAAUCCCCCCACGAAGGGCAGCAAGUGGCAAGUCAUCCAUUCGAUUGAGGGUGGCUGUCCAGCCAAGAACCAAGCCGGAAAUCUCGACGAGAAGCCAGGUGACCCUAGGCUGCAGAAGGCUCCUGACACGUACGACUAUAAGAUACCUGAUGGAAUUAAGGCGGGGCCCUAUACAUUUGCCUGGACAUGGUUCAAUAAGGUCGGGAACAGGGAAAUGUACAUGAAUUGCGCCUUGGUCAAAAUUACUGGCGGAGCGAGCAAGCGUGAUGAGCUAUCCGGCAAUUUCACGUUCAUACCGGAGCUGCAUGAACGAGAUACAUCUUUUCCCGACAUGUUCAAGGCAAACAUCGGUAAUCAGUGCACUACCGCAGAGGGAGGACCUCUAGCGUUUCCAGACCCCGGUGCAUCAGUCGAUAAAUUCAACACCGAUAAGCCACUGCCUCCAACCGGAUCUUGUGCUGGAGGCUCAUCUGGCGGAAGUGCUGGUGCUUCAUCAGGUGCUUCAUCUGGUGCAGGUGCUGGCGCUAGUGCUGGAAGCGCCAACGCUGCAGCAGCGCCUUCCGGCUCGAGCUCCGGUGCAUCUGCUCCAAGCCCCUCCGGCGUUGACGUUGAAUCGAGUCCCUCUUCCGGCUCAGGUGCAUCAAGCCCCUCCGGUGCAUCAGCACCCGCUUCCUCUGGAUCUGCUCCUACUCAACAACAAAAUACAUCAUCAGCUGGAUCUGGGGGCACCGCUGCCCCACAAGCCGCACCUGCUACACAAGGCGCCGCGACACCUUCGGGCUCCACGUCUUGCACCCAAGCCGGCGCAGUCAUUUGCAGCGCUGACGCCAAGCAGAUAGGUACAUGUGAUCAGAGCAUGAAGGUUGUGAUGAUUCCCGUUCCGCAGGGCACGAUUUGCAAGAACGGAAACAUCGCAUGGCCAUCGACAAAGCGAUCUCGAAUUUACAAGAAUGGAGCUGUUCGCCGCCAGCUACACGUUGGUGGAUGGCAUUUCUAG